AUGUUAAAACAACAAAACAAAACGAUAUCGAGGAGCGUUCACCCUUACCAAACAACUGUGGUACCUCGAACCGAACAACAACUUUCAUCGGCUGCCCAACAACGAGCUAAGUUUCCGUGGGCUGAAGACGUCAAUGCUCCCGUCUACCAAGUUCCUGGGACAGAUAGUUCCGCAUCAGAAAACGCAUAUCAUAUGCCCGUCUAUUACCAAAACUCUCAAAGAGAUAAUGGUCCUCCGUCACCAGUUUACCAAAUGCCGUACGCUACAGGGACAUGGCGUAGUUACAAAAAAUGUGAUAACGUAACAUCAAAGCCGAUGUCCACAACAUACGCCUUUCCUCCCUGCGCCUCGUCCUUUUCAUUGCCUACAUGUGACGAUCACACUAGAACAAUGACUCGUUCCCCUGUCCCUACAUUACCGUCGGUAAGCCCUGAAGUUCCUAUUAUUGGAGCCUGCGGUGGCCAUUGUCCAGGAUUUGAAUAUGUGUGCUAUUAUAUAUUACAAGUAAUUUUUGUAGUUGGCAUAUUAACAGGAAUCUCUUUGUGUAUCGCUGGGAUUGUAUUGCGUAGGACAAACCGCAACGGUGAUCUGGGUGUUUUAGUUUAUAUUGGUAGUCUAUCGUCAUGUGUGUGUGGAGUGCUUCUAGGAGUACAGUGUUGUGUCCGUCGUGAAAUAAGACAGAGGAAGUUGAGAGCUAAUUUGCACAUUCCUAUGCAGGCUAUACCAGAGGCUCCUCAAAUUUGUCCAUUAUUGACAUCUACUUUACCUCAUAGUCAAGUUUACAGGCCCACCACAGCCAAUGUAUGUGAUGAAGACUUACCAGGCGUCCCAUGGUGGCGUCGUGCCAGAGACUGA